AUGGCGGAGGGCUCGGUGUCCCCUGCCCUACGCGCCCUCGAGUUUUACAGCGGGGUGGGGGGCAUGCAUUGGGCGGUGGGGCGAGCAGGGCUGGAGCAGAGGGUGAAGGUGGUGGGGGCGUACGACCUCAACGACGGCGCCAACAGAACCUAUCGACACAACUUUCCGGACACUCCCAGGGACCUGGCCUCGCUGGACGUGCACGAAGUGGAGGCGCAUGCCGCCGACAUCUGGCUCAUGAGCCCGCCUUCCAGGAGCUUCGCCCACCUGCUGGGACUUCUGGCGCGGCUCGACCGACCACCGUCCUACCUGCUCCUGGAGAACGUGUACGGCUUUGAGCGGUCGGAGAGCCGGACCCAGCUCGUGGCCGCGCUGGCGCAGGGCGGGUACCGCCAUCAGGAGUUCCUGCUCUCCCCCACCCAGUUCGGCAUCCCCAACCAGGCACGCCGUGCACCACCACCACCACCACCACUGUGCACCACCACCAGGUUGCGCUACUUCCUGCUGGCCAAGCGUGCGCCACACUCCUUUGCAUGGGCACCACUCGCGGUGGCAAGCUCCUCGACCAUCGACCCGCUCCGGUUUGUGCCCGCCUGCGCGGAGCAGGCCGCCACGGCAGCGGACCCCGCCCAGCCAGAGCCGGCAGCCGUGGCUCCGCUGUCCGACUUCCUGGAGCCCGACGACUCUCUAAGCGUCCACGCCCAUCGCGUUCCCGAUGCCCUCGUCUGGAAGAAGGGCCUCCUCUUUGACAUCGUGGGGAAGGAGGACAUGCGCUCCUGCUGCUUCACCAAGGCCUACGCGCGCUUUGUGGAAGGCGCCGGGAGUGUCCUUCGCACGGGGCCUCCCCUCGUCGAUGGCUGGGCGGAUGGAGCGACGGAGGACGACAUCGGCGGGGCCUUGCUUGCCCUGGGCUUGCGGUACUUCACCCCGCGGGAGGUGGCGCGGCUGCACGGGUUCCCGGACAGCUUUGGGUUCCCCGAAGGCACGGGCGAGCGGCAGAAGUACCAGCAGCUGGGCAACAGCCUCAACGUGCUCGUCGUCGCCCGACUCCUCCGCUAUCUCCUCCUUGUAGGCCCCUCCACCAGGUCCCACGCCGCAUAG